AGUUCUCGGUCCGCCAGCAGGGAUCAUCCAGAUUUGUGGAAAGCGGACGAUGACUGGACGAAGGUAACGGAGAAGGAGGAGAGAAAGAGGAUUCAGAAUCGAUUAAGUCAACGCACAUAUCGAAGAAAACACGCCAAACAAGAUAUAAAGAAAUGCGCAUUUCGUGUUGAGCGUUUUAGGGUUUCCGAUAUCCCUAUCCGAGAAAGCAGCACAACACUGGAAGGAAACCAAACAGGGAAAGUCAAUCGUGCAGCUGGACCGGAGUUGCAUGAUAGUCAGAUACUUCUAGAAGGGCAGUUGGCGCCUAGCUCUCCAUAUUUACGACCCAAUAACACUCCUAUCGAAAACUUGUUUCUUUACUCUUCUCAAGAAACACGCAGCCCAGGAUGGUCGUUUUCCAAUAUAAGUUCAGGUGAUUGGGGACGGAUCAUUACCUCUGGAGUGUCGCCAUCAACCCGAUAUGUGCCACUCUCAACCUACUUCCCACUCUCUUCUGAUCAUCUUCUCCGACUCAUACACCUAAACGUCUACCGAGCAAUCACUGAACUCAAGGAAGCCCUAAAAUCCAACGCGGUUAUCUACAAGAAGAAUCCAGUGAAAGUUAUGCCGCAGCAAAUUAAUCUUUGCGACAGCUACACCAUCAUCCUCCCUCGGACCGAUAAGCCGCUCCCAAUAGCACUGCAGCCGACCGAAGUGCAGAUGAAUAUCUCGCAUUCAGCAUGGUUCAACGUAUUCCCCUUUCCGAAUUCAAGGGACAAUCUCAUUCGAUACGAGGCAGAAUUCGACCAUCUAGACCUCUGCAAUGACCUCUUUGGAGACUUGAUUGGAAAUAAUAACUUAUUGUUUUCUCGCCGCCUUCAAGAUUUCACAUUGUCCUCAGCGUUGGAGAUGAGGAAAUGCGAUAUUAGCGCAGAGUUUGAUGACGAGAUCACGGCGAACAGAAAUGGGCUAAUUGUUUGGGGUGAGCCGUGUGAUCCUGAGAGUUGGGAGGCUACACCAGGAUUUCUGAUGAAGUGGUUUCGGCUUUUGGGUGGCUGUCGGGGUUUGAUUACGUCGAGCAAUCGGUGGAGGGCAAAGAGAUUUGAGGAACCAUUGUCCAUGCCGAGCUAUAUCGACAUAACCCCAUUUCCUGCUAAGGAGGAUGUUCCACUGCCAGAUAUGGCUUAA